AUGAGAGCACGAAACAGCCGUGGGAGAACCACCAAGCCAAACUCAAACAAACCUUCGAAAUGCCUGGCCUGCAAGGGAGUCUUUAACAGAAGUGUAAUUGAGGCACUGAGCGGGCCGGAUAGCCAACUCUCCUUUAAACCACCACUUUCCCGAGAAAAUCGGGACGAGAGACCCCGAGUCUCGCCUUCCCACACCCCUAGAGCGCCUUCGCGGACACGGCGGGACCCCACGCCCUGCCUUGCGCAGCACGGCGGGGGAGGGGAGAGCGCCCCACACAGGAAGUGCAUCCUGCGCCCCGAGCUCGCGCCCCGCCGCCGCCGCCGCCGCCGCCGCCGGGUACCUGCCCUGGGCCGCCUGCAGGCGACAGGCAGCCGCAUCCACAUGGCCUCAGGUGUUGGCGCGGCCCCUCCCCGGCCCGCUCCAAGCCCGGCCCUCCACCGCGCCGGCCUCGCCUCCAGCCCGCAGCCAAGAGGCCAGCAACGCCGGUCCCCGCGGGGCUGCCAGGAGCGCGGACCCCUCUGCACCCCAGGCCGCAACGAGCAGGUGAGGAAACCGAGGCACAGCAGUGAGGCCGGUCGAGCUAAAACACCGACCCAGGCGAGUAGGGCUGCCAAGCCCCUGCAUCGCUUCAUCAUGCAGUAACAAUGGGAGGUUCCUUUCCAUCGGGAUUAUUUCUGCUUGAAAGCUCAAGACUUUUAGCCACAUCAUUGUCUGGGCGCCACAGGAAGGCAGUGCCACAUGCUGAGGCAUGCUGGGAAAAGACUUUGUUCCAUCCUGUUUUGUUGACAUGCUCUUCAUUUUUAAGCCUGAAACCCAAGUUUCCUGCUAAGAAUGCAAACGGAGGAGAAAAAACGCAGCCAUGAUAACGGCCACUGCUUCCUGAGGAACACUGUUUCUGGGACUUGUGACUGUGUGUGUCAUUUAACCUCAGCCUUCAUGAGGCCAGAGCAGCACCACCCCAGUUCAUUGCUAGAAAGGCCCAAAGUCACUAGAAAGAUGCCCAAAGGCGCUCAACUACUAAGUGGUGGACCCAGAGGCUGCCCUCAAGUCCUUCCCCUCAAACCCUCACUCUUGACCACAGUGGCUGCCUUGUAAGAGGAUCCCAGGGCUUUGGCACUGGACACAUGGCAGUAAUGUUCCUGCUCAUAUUCCACCUUGGGCUGGUCUCACCAUGUUGCACUAGGAUCCGGGUGUAGGGGUGCAGAGUUAGGUACUCCCUUCUCAACAAGGAUGGCUCAGAAACAGAGACACUGAUGUUCCCCUUCUUCCUGUGACUUGGGGAAUGGCCGCCCUGCCACCAAGCCAAUUGUCUUCCAGAAAAAGAGACAUUGUGGGAGAAGCCUCAUUGCUGCCCUGCCUCUCCCUCCCUGAUAGCUCUCAAGGACAGCUGCCAGAGCACAUGUGGAAUGCCUUGGGAACAGACAGCAGCAGGAGCCGGGAGUUCUCCAACUCACAAUCAGUCCUUGACGCCAGCCUCCUUUUCCUGAACCACUUUCAUCCUUACAGCCCACUGACAGCAGGCCCCCCGAGCGCUUUUCCCGGGCCUGACUGCCUGCAGUGGCUGCUGGGUGGCUGCCUCUCAAGGCCCACUCUCCUGGAUACAAAGCCCUCUCCUGGCUUAGCUCACAUUGCCAACCUCCACUCCCUUGUUUCAUUGUCUCUGCCAAACCAGACAAGCUGUGCCCCUGUCCUGUGCUGGCCAAUUCCCAGAGGCAGAGGCGCCUGCUCCUCUUGCUUCGAAGAGACUGAAAUUACACCUUGCUUUUGGGGGUCUGAGUCAAAUGCUGCCUCCUUCACAGAGCAUCUACCUAAACUGUUCAUUCAUUCAUUCACUCAGCCCUGAGAGAGCCUGUAUGGUAUGCCGAGCAUUGAAUAAAGGGUCCUUGUUGUCACGAUGUUUGUGGUCC